AUUGUGAAAAAUUUGCUGUGCUAAUACUUUGUUCCGGCCGUGUAAUGUAUGUAUGAACAAAUUUGUUAAUGAAAACACUUUCAUUUUAGUGUAUUUUAAGCUUUCUAACCAUCAAACAUUUGUUUUCCAUAUUUCAUAUUGCAACGCUAGCCAAGUUUGGUACUGGGGCGAAAUAUCAAGACUCGACGCACAAAGGCAACUAAGCGACAAACCCACCGGUUCGUUUCUGGUGCGUGAUUCGGAAACUCGUGGCUGCCAGUUUACGUUAAGUUUUCGAAUUGUGAACGUAACGUUUCAUUAUCGCUUAGAAUACCGUGAUGGAUAUUGGCAUUUUGAGGAAUUACAAUACGAAUCUAUUGUGGAAAUGAUAGAAGACAUACUAUAUCGUUGUACUAAUGAUAAUUUUGUAUGUUUCGUAAAAGUACAGAAUGAAUUGCAACCGCCCUGUCCAGUCAUAUUGAAGUAUCCACUGAGUCGCUAUUUCAAAAUGCCACAGUUACAGGACCUGUGCCGACGUGUUAUACAGCAACAUACCGCAUCUGAAGAAAUUUCAAAGCUGCCGAUUCCACCAAAGCUGCAAGAAUAUUUAAAUGUUAAACGCGAACUAGUAUUUCAUAGUUAAUCAUAAAUUAACUCAUUUAUAAGAAACUGUUGUUUUUGACACAUGCGAAUUGUUUUGCUUAUUGCUAGAACUUUUAAUAAU